AUGUCAUCCUAUACCCGAGAUCCAAGCAACGUUGCCCGCGUGAGAGCUCGACGCUCACUUGCGCAAAUGCCCCAUAGAGGGGGUGGCAUUGAUAUCGACAAAGAGAAUGUUACCACGGAUCUUAGUGCAGUUCAGAAAACCAGCAAUAUACCCUCUAGGACUUUCGGAAAGGAUAAACGGUCUCGCAGUAAGAGUCUAGGGCCCGGGGGGUUGGAUCUCCUGAAAAAUGGAGGCAACAGCAGAAGAAAGUCUACAGCUGCAGUCCAAUUGAAGUCGAUUCUGAAGCCAACCAUACCUGUUUCUCCCAUCAGCCAUAUUCCAACCUUUGCAGAGACGCGCAGGAAAACGCCGAAUCGUGAUGGAUUUGGGAACGGUCAAAAGGCAUCCAGGAAUGAUGAUCUUCUUAUUGAUUUUUCGACACCCACCACCGCUCCGGUUGUCGGCACAGAUAACCUGGUCAACCCAUUUGAUAAUUUUAAUCCGAUACCACCUUCCAAGGCCAAAGAUUUGGCAGCACAAAGAGAGAGAGAGGAAAAAGAACGGAUCGAGCGAGAGCGAGAGAAGAAGGCGAUACUCGAACAGCGAGCCGCACGGAGGAAAUCUAUGGCCAAUCGCCGAGUUUCAUUUGCGCCUGAGGCAACACUACAUACCUGGAACGUAGUCGAACUAAUGGAGGACUCGACUGCUUCUUCAGCUGCGAAUACAACUCGCAGAGCUUCUUCGUUAACAGCUGGCGAUGUAGACCAGGGCUCAGAUGCUUCAGAGCCGCCAUCGUCCCCUGAGAAAUAUGAUCCUGAAGAUUCCAAUCAACCAGCUGCGUUAGAUGACCUCGCAGAUGAAGCGUUUUCUUCAAGCCCUUUUAGUGGCGGCUCCGCUGCUGAGAAUGAUGCUGGUUUUCCAGCAGGAAAUAUAGAAGUAGAAAGUGACUCACUGAGCUCUGGUCCUGAAGAUGAGAGCACUAACAUGAUCAUUGAAAAUGCUAUCGAACAAUUUUCCCCCGAUUCUGACGGCUCGACGCCCAGUUCUAGCAGCCUAGAACGAUCGCUAAAAAGAGCCGCUGAAGUGGCCGGUACCAGAGGGAUUGACUUUGAUGAAAAUGGAGACUUGUCUAUGGAGUUCACUAACCAUGAAAUUGUUGGCGCUUUCCAGCCCUGGGUUAAGAAAGGCUCUUCUGCCAAAUUCGAUGCUGAAAACCUCACAUCUCGCUUCGAUCAGGAAAACAUUGGGUUCGCAAAGAUAGCUGCCUCGAGUUCCAGGAGAGCAAGCACAACCAAUGAAGAUGAUGGAGAUAUGAGUAUGGAUAUUACAAAGCCCGUUGGUGGUAUUAUUCGAAGGAAAAGUAUUACCACAAAUAUCGAUAGUCACGAUUCCCAUCCAUAUUUGCCAUUCCAGAAAAACCAGGAAUCCCUCCGUCGAACAUCGGCUGCGACAAACCUUGGAGACCAGACAAUGGAAUUCACAAACGUCAUCGGUGGUAUUAAAAGCAGUUCUCCUAAAAAAUUUGAUACAGAAAGCAAUAUCGAUACUGACGAAGAAAUGACCAUGGAGUUUACCAAUGUUUUGGGUGGUGUCCUUAACAAACACAACUUGGAUAAUCAGAAUGAUUACACGCACCAGGAAGGACCAAAUUACGGUAAUGAAUAUGAAGGAGACGUAACAUAUCCCGACUUAGGAGAAGAUGAUAUGGAGAUGACGGGCGCAGUUGGUGGCAUACUACCCCCAAUCGAGGAGAGAACUGAACCAUCCGAUGAUGGAACCAUGGGAAUGGAUAUGACGAAUGCUGUGGGCAAAAUUCUAGCACCCUUUCGUGUCGACAGCCUAAAAGGCAAAAACCGAACGGAUGAUGAAUAUGAUGCAGAUCCUCCGAGCUCUCCUUUCCAAGAGAACGUUGCUGAAUCCCCUGCGAGAACCCCGUUACCGCCACAUGCAGCUCUUGUGACAUCUGAUGGCGGGAGCCCCUUACGCAGUAUACCUAGGCUGAGCAUUGCAUCUCGGGCCUCUAGUUCUCCAAGGCAAUCAUUAUCUCGGCGGUCCUCCCCAGCUAAAAGCCCAUGUACGCCAUCGAAACAAAAACCUACUCGUAUUACUGGGCCAUCAACGCCCGCUACUCCCGAGGGAAGUCCUAUUAAGCCUAAGUCUAGGAGUGCAUCCCCUCAAAAGCGACGCAUUUCGCCAAUAAGUCAGCAUCCUACAAAACCAAUGCCAAGUUCCUUGUUCCAAAAAAACUUACUAACAGGGCAAUCAACCCCAACUUUUGUUUUGAAAGCAUUAAAUUCAUCUAUCCAUGGUAUAAGCAAGGAGGGCCUUGGUUCUCCGCGAGUUGCAGAAAUAUUAGACAAAAGGCGCUCCAUUGGAGAAGAUGCUCAAGAGUUUAUCUUGAAGCCAACCCCCAACCGAGGUGUCAAGUUUCAUGAUAUGCCGAAACCGGAGCAAGAGGUUGGAAGAGCUAUUGAAGAUGAUGUUUUGCAUAGGGCGAGUCAAGAAUCCGAAAAGGAUGCUACACUCAAUCUGAGAGAGCUAAUUUCAAGCCUCACCCCGAAAAAGAACAAACUCAAAGGCCGCAAAAGUCUCCAUGUUGGUGCGGCUAGAGGCCUUCUUGGGAAACGACCCCCCGAACUUGAUAUGGACGAUGCUGAUGAAGACCUGACACCAAAACGCCUUCGUGGGAGAGAAGCUAGUCCAGUCAAAAACAUUAAACUUCCUGCUCCUCCUUCAAAGGCUGAAACAGUUGGUCGGUCAAGCCGUUUCUCAUUUCAUUACGACAGAAGUAUGUCGCCCUUGAUAAAUAAUGUUUCUCCAGCAAAAAUAUCCCCAGUGAAACAGAAGUAUUCACCCGAGGAGCCUAUAGAGUACACCUCAAUUGACAGAAAACCAAUUGAGAAAGAGGAUAAGAUAGAGGCAGAAAUCUUGUCUGAAAGCACCAAUCCUCCGGUUGAAGCAAUCAAGCUCUCUGAUUUUCUUGGAAUGACCAACAUACACUUUAUGGAGUUAACUACAACCAAACGGAGACAUACUAUAGCCCCUGGAAGCCCUGACAAGCGCGGUAUAGAAACAUUAGACGGUAGAAAGGUGUUCAGCUUGGAGGACCGCGUUGCCGCUGGAUUCUGCACCCUACCCAUGCUUGAACUAUACCAACACUCUUGUCGGGAACUUAAAUCAUAUAUUUCUGAAGGUCGACGCAUCAUUCGAUCUAUAGAAGCUGAGACAUACGCAGAGAACCCUCCAUUAUUUCAGGAGUAUAUCAUGGCCACGCCAGAUAUCAGGCUCUUGAUGGAUAACCAGUUCCGCAAUGUUAAAGCUCACGCACGACUGCUAAGCAAAGAAAUGUGGUAUGAAUGGCGCAUGAAACUCCUGGAAGGCUUAAAGCAAGGGUUAGAUCGGCAUGUCGAUGAAAUGAAACAGGACGAUAUACUUCUUUCCAAGAAAGAAAAAAUACUCGCAAGGGUGGUUCCGGGCUUGGUUGAGAAGCAUGCAAAACUGGAGAUUGACUCUCAAAAUCUCCAAAAGGUGGUAGAAGAGAUUGAAAACUGCGAUCAAGAGGAGCUACGAGACGUCAGAAAAAAACUUUUAGAUGUCAAGACGGAGCUUUCAGGACAGAAAAAUAAGUACGAGCAUGCACGGAAUAGGCUGAAUGAGAAAGGCAGUGUCCUGGAGAAAGACCAAGCGCGAAAAGACGAACUGCUGCAACAGAUACGUGAUGCCGAGAAUAUCAAAGAGGAAUGUCGCGGUUGGGAUAUGAAAGAAGUACGCAUUCUGCAGGCUUCUGUUCACGGUUUAGAGAAGCAAACCGGUUGGGCUGUUAUCUCGGCAAAGCCGGGUAAAGGUGCUGUAAAAGGUGCCACGCUCUCAAUGCGUUACAGUGGGGAGCUUCGACUUGACUUUGACCCAGAGCACCUUCGCCCUCAUUUACAAAAAUCAGUCAAGGAAGGACGACGGACAUCACUGAACGGUGACGCGCCUCCCGUAACGCUAACAUACUCACCCGGUGGAACUGGGUCACAAUCAGUCGCCGUGAAACCUAGCCCAGAGAUUUCCCUUAUUCUGAAUGCUAUACGCGCGCGAAUUUCCCAUUCUACUCGGACCCCCAUUUCAUUCAAAUCAUUCCUCAGUAGCAUUGCGAGAUCUUGGGAGACUGCGAAGUCCUUGCGAGAAGAAAUCCGAAUGUUAGGAUAUUGUGGUGUUAUUACUACCAAACCAGCAGGGCCUGAUCCGUCCAAGCCCACGCUAUUGAAUAUCCGUUGCACGCUGCUUGGCUGGGUGAAAGACAAAGAUAGAACCGCCAGGAUUGAUCUAUAUCAUAACAAAGGGGAAAGGACCCGGGCAAGGAUUGACAUUGACUUCACCGUCAAACCAAAUAAUCAAAGCAAACAGGCAGACUGUUCAAAUGCUGAUAUUGACAUUGACGUAGAUGUCACCGCCUGCAGGGUCUACGGGUUUGGAGGCCUCAAUAGCUCUCAAACCCCAGACUCACAGCUAAGUGAUAUGUUGGCUAAGCUAAUGGAUAAAUCACCGAAGAGUUUCGGCAGUGGUCUAUGGAGAGCCACUGUGAAGACAGUUGGGGAGAAGGUGUUCCUUUAA